AUGAAGCCAGUACGCUUUUUCACUCCUGAGAACCUUCAGAUUGUAAAGAGGCUCGUCUCUCGUUAUCCUCCCGGCCGGGAAAGAGCUUCUUUAAUUCCUCUACUGGACUUAGCCCAAAGACAGCAUGGUACAUGGAUUCCCCCUUCAGCAAUGCAUGAGAUAGCCAAUGCUACUAAUCUUUCAUUUGAACAAGUUCAUUCUCUUGUCUUAGCAUAUCCCACAUCAUUCCAAUGGCGCCCUUGUGCCCCACAACUGCGAAUUUGUGAUUCUUGGAUGUGCUGUCAAAAGGCAAAACAGCGGGAGAAUGGUAUAUAUGAAGCAGCUCAAUCUCUUGUUUCUCAAUACGGAGUCGAGGUUAAAACGACGGAAUGUUUGGGAGCUUGCUAUGGUGCGCCAGCCUUUUGGUUUAAUGAUAAAAUUCACACAGAUGCUACGAAAGAGUCGAUCAAGCAAGUAAUAUCCAAAGAAUUCUCUAAAUGA